GCUCUCUGUGGUUGGGUUAGGUAGUUCGGCGGAGGUUUCCACGAGACUUAAACCCACACCUACAGUCUUAAAUCUUCAUUGUGCUUUGCUAUCAAUCCGCCCUGGAGUGACAAAGAAGAUGAUCCUAAUCAGGUCGAUUCGUCCAAAUUGGCGGUCCUUUUCGUCGAUGUUGGAUCUGCAACCGCGCUCGUUCUACUACUCCUCCUCCUCCUCCUCGUCGGCGGCAGCUGCAGAAGCGGAGCGAACCAUACGAGAAGGUCCGAGGAAUGAUUGGAAAAGAGAAGAGAUUAAGAACGUUUACGAUUCUCCUCUACUCGAUCUUCUCUUUCAUGGAGCUCAAGUUCAUAGACAUGCUCAAAAUUUUAGGGAAGUUCAGCAGUGUACACUUUUGUCUAUAAAGACGGGUGGAUGCAGCGAGGAUUGUUCAUAUUGCCCUCAGUCUUCUAGGUAUAACACUGGAGUGAAUGCACAAAAGCUCAUGAGUAAGGAUGCAGUUCUGGAGGCAGCACAAAAGGCAAAAGAGGCUGGUAGCACUCGGUUUUGCAUGGGUGCUGCAUGGAGAGACACCAAAGGAAGGAAGACCAACUUCAACCAGAUCCUUGAAUAUGUGAAACAGAUAAGGGGUAUGGGAAUGGAGGUUUGCUGUACCUUGGGAAUGAUAGAACAACAGCAAGCCUUAGAACUCAAGAAAGCAGGCCUUACAGCUUACAACCAUAACCUUGAUACAUCAAGAGAAUUUUAUCCUAAUGUCAUUACAACGAGAACAUAUGAUGAACGCCUGGAAACAAUCAAACAUGUUCGUGAAGCAGGAAUUAAUGUUUGUUCAGGAGGAAUAAUAGGGCUUGGUGAAGCAGAAGAGGAUAGAGUUGGUUUGUUGCAUACAUUGGCAACACUUCCCUCACACCCGGAGAGUGUUCCCAUCAAUGCACUUGUUGCAGUAAAAGGCACACCUUUGGAAGAUCAAAAGGCUGUAGAGAUAUGGGAGAUGAUACGGAUGAUUGCUACUGCCCGCAUCACGAUGCCAAAGGCUAUGGUGAGGCUAUCUGCUGGCAGAGUUAAGUUUUCCGUGCCGGAGCAAGCACUAUGUUUUCUUGCGGGUGCAAACUCCAUAUUUACCGGUGAGAAGCUGUUGACGACUCCCAACAACGAUUUUGAUGCUGAUCAAUCCAUGUUCAAACUACUUGGAUUGAUCCCCAAACCCCCUAGUUUCUCAGAUGAGGCUGAACCUUGUGAGGAAGAGGCUGUUUCUAGUUCUGCUGCUUGAUUUAUGGUAUGCUACUAAUGUUCCUGAAACAACCAUCUUGUCAAUUGUUUUCUUCUUUCUCUUGCCUAGGCUCAAAAACAGAAAUUAGAGACUGAUGACAUAGGUGUUAGAUCUAUUACAGCUCUGUUUUGGUUGGGUUUGUUUACGCCUAAAAGCGAUGAUUUGUCGUUUUUGCCCCUGAGAAUCAUGCCUGUGGGUUGUGAUAUAUGUUGGAAUUUACUAGUUGAAAAAACAUGUGAAUUAAUAGACUCUCUUUUCUUUUCAAAA